AAGACGCCGCUCGUCCUGGUCGCGUGCGGCAGCUACUCGCCCGUCACGUUCCUCCACCUGCGCCUGUUCGAGAUGGCCCGCGACGACGCGACGUUCAACACCCAGUUCCACGUCAUCGGCGGCUACCUGUCGCCCGUCAACGACCGCUACCGCAAGCUCGGCCUCGCGUCGGCCAAGCACCGCGUCGCCAUGUGCGACCAGGCCGUCGACGACACGAGUGACUGGCUCAUGGUCGACCCGUGGGAGGCGCGCCAGCCGCGCUACCUUCCGACGGCCCAGGUCCUCGACCACUUUGACCACGAGCUCAACACGGUCCGCGGCGGCGCCGACGUCGUCGUCGUCGACCCGCGCACGGGCGAGCGCCGCACCGAGAAGCGCCGUGUCCGCAUCAUGCUCCUCGCCGGCAGCGACCUCAUCCUCACCAUGUCCGAGCCGGGCGUCUGGGCCGAGAAGGACCUGCACCACAUCCUCGGCAUCUACGGCCUGUACAUCAUCGAGCGGUCCGAGUCGGAGCUCGACCAGACCAUCUUCUCGUCGUCGUCGGUCCACUCGCGCUCGCCGCUCGCCCUGUACCGCCACAACAUCCACAUGGUCGAGCAGACGGUGCGCAACGACGUGUCGUCGACAAAGGUCCGCCUCUUCAUCCGCAAGGGUAUGAGCGUCAAGUACCUCAUCCCGACCGUCGUCAUCCGGUACAUCAUGCGCCACGGCCUAUACCGCACGGCCGACCGGCGGCGCAGCUCGUUGGCGCAGGUCGCCCCGGGUGCGUCGUCGCCCGCGCUCGCAGGCCCGAGCGGGACGAGCACGCCCAGGCCGGCUUCGGCAGCAGCAGCGGCGGCGACGACGGCGGCCGCAGCACCUGCACCUGCGCCGACAGCGGCGGCGGCGGCGCCCGGCGAUGCGCACCCGCAGCACGCCGAGGCGGAGCGCGAGCGCGCCAAGGGCCGCGAGGACGAGCGAGGUCGACGAGAUGCGGCGUCGUCGUCGCCGGCGGGAGCAGGAGCGGGUCCGGGCGCGGUCGAGGACGCCGAGAUGGCGUGCGGGUGA